AUGAAAGAGGCUAAUCCAUCGUUUUUGCCUCUAGCAUCUGUUCUUCAGGAUGACACACCUUCGCUACCCGACGCUUCCAAACUCAUCGAUGGUGACACUGAAGAAUUCAUUCGGGUAACAAACACACAACCAGCCGUCAUUGCCGAUGUCAUAAAGCAACGUUCCCCGAGUGUGAUUGCAGCACUAAAAUUGACAAUCAAAGAUGAAAUAGCCGCAGCUUGUCAAACGUUAUGCCGACGCUCCGAUGGCUCGGUUUUAUAUAGCAACAGGAACAGCUUCGAGACUUUGAAGGGAUUUGAUUUUGAUCGCGUUUGGACAGAAAUGAAAAGUAUUGUGCCUUUUUUCAUAGAGAUCAUGAAUGCCGUGUCUGGAAAGAACUUAGGAAUGGAAAACACAGAGCGUGAUGUGCGUGUCAAGUUCUGCUUUCUCUACUCGGUUGUUAUGAACGAAAGAUGGCAUGAGCUGAGUCUGUUGAAACGCUUUUUUUUAAGAAAAAAAUUUUCAUAG